UGCUGUUUGUGCGUUCGCGGAAAAUGGCAUUUAAUAGCAGAGAACAGUUAAGUUAAUGCGCAACGAUGCAGAUGCCGUCGCCUGCAGUUGCGCUGUCCACCAGGUGUUUAUUUUAAGAGUGGCCCCCAAAACAAAACAACAACUAAAAACAAAAAAAAAACGAAAAACCACAACAAUAACAACAAGGAAAAACGUUUGACGCGCGAGCUGUUCACAUGGAAAGCGUUGCCCAAACAAUUGGCUUUUCCCGCUCCCGCAGUCGUCGUAGCCGUUGCUGUUGUUGGUCAUGAAUCUGAAUCUAAAUCGAAAUCUGCAGCAAACCCAAACAAAGAAUGGCCUGAGCCGUGUUAGCCUGGUCAAAUCGCAGAGCAGCGGCAAGCUGAGCCACAGCAAUGAGGCCCCAAAAGCAACAACAACAACAACGAGAACAAACAGUUUGCGAGCUGCCAAACUUAAGAUCGAGGCAAUGCAACAGCAGCGCAACACGGGCAACACGGGCAACAUUAUCCUGCUGCGCGGCACACGCAACGAGAAUGGCCAGAUCAUCAUCCAGAACAAGCAGGACAUACUCAGCCUGCUCAGCGAACAGCAACAGCAACAGCAGCAGCAGGAUAAGGCAACUGCCUUGACGCUCAAUCAGCUGCCCACAACAACAACUGUGGCACGCAAAACAAUUGUCCAAACAACUCCCAACAACAACAACAACAACAACGGGAGCAGCAACAGCAUCUCCAUCGUGGCCAGCAGCGGCAAGGACUCGAACACGAUCCUGCUGCAAACGCCCAUCAAUGCCAGCCAGCUGGAGAGCGUGCUCAAGGCGCAGGUCAACUCCAACAGCAGCAACAGCAACAGCAACAGCAACAACAACAACAGUAACAGCAACAACAACAACAACAAUGCCACAAAGCUCAUCGAACGUCCGUUCAUGCUAAAACAUGCCUCGCGCAGUUUGAGCUCGGAGAGCAAUUGCGACAGCAAGUCGCCUUUUGUGCUGCAGACGCUGAAGCGCCUGGAGAAAUCGCAGUCAAUUCUGGUGAUACGCAACUCGACAAGCUGA